UGUUGCCUAUAUUACAUUAUUCUACUCCAGGUUUAAAAAUAAAACUAUGAUAUUUCACAUUUCUUAAACUGACUCUGGCCGGGAGUCCUUUCUGCACUGUAUCAGGGCUCCUCGCACUUCAGUUAUAGCAAGGUCGAGCCGAGGGCACGAUGACGUCUCUCUGUUCAACUUCUUAUUCCAAAACGCAAAAUAAAAUAACCCAAAACGUGAAACUAUUUAAAAAAAAAUACUACUUCUCUGGACCAGUUCACCAGCAGCACUCGCCUUUUCACAGGUCACUCCUGAAAUGAUGUAGAUUACACUAAACGUCAUCACCCUGUCUGUAGUCAGAGAACACAAAGAUAUCGAGCACUCGCCCCUCCUCCCAGUCCAGUUCACCAGGAAGUACACUCAGCUGGGGAUCACAUGGAGACCACGUGGAGUGGAUCAACAGCAUUACUUCAGGGCCUCCGUCUGUGCUUUGGACUGGGAAUUGCAAUUAAGUACAAAUAUAAACACUGUGUAUAUCUGUGCGUAUAUACAAAUACACGUUAAGCAGGUUACACCAAGGCAAAUGGCAACAGACGCAAAAAGACCCAAGCAGGACAAUGGAGCCAGCUCACAGAACCCUGGAGAAGACAAAGCGCUCCAGUCUUUCCUCAGCUGGUGUAAAGAGGUCAGGCUGGAACUCAGUGAGAAGGUGUACGUUAGCAGGGAAGGCACUGUGGCUGACUAUGGCAUGCUAGCCAGGGAGGAGAUUGAAGAAGGAGAGGUGAUCUUUUCAAUCCCCAGGGCUGCCCUGCUGAAUCAGCACAGAACCGCUAUCCACUCCAUCCUCGAGAAAGAGGAGGAGUCCCUGAAGAGCCAGUCUGGCUGGGUCCCUCUCCUUUUGGCGUUGAUGUUCGAGUACACCAACAGCGAGUCUCACUGGAGCCCCUACCUGUCUCUCUGGACAGACUUCAGGGCUCUUGACCACCCCAUGUUCUGGUCCAAGGAGGAGAGAGAGAGACUGCUGCAGGGCACAGGGGUCCCGGAGGCGGUGGAAAAUGACCUUGCAAACAUUCUGAAGGAGUACAACGACAUCGUCCUGCCCUUUAUCCAAUCACAUCGCGGGGUGCUGGACCCGCAGAAGCACACGCUUGAGCUCUACCAGAGCUUGGUGGCCUUUGUCAUGGCCUACAGCUUCCAGGAGCCCCUGGAGGAGGAUGAGGAAGAUGAGAAGGAGCCCAACCCUCCCAUGAUGGUUCCCAUGGCAGACAUCCUAAAUCACGUGGCCAAUCACAACGCCAACCUGGAAUUCAGAACAGAGAGUUUAAAAAUGGUGUCUGUCAGGAGGAUCAAGAAAGGAGAGGAGGUGUUCAACACCUAUGGAGAGUUGGCCAACUGGCAGCUCCUGCACAUGUAUGGCUUUGUCGAGCCGUACCCGAACAACACCAACGACAGUGCAGACAUCAAGAUGACCAGCAUGUACAAGGCAGCACUGCAAGCUGCCAGGACAGAGUCGGAGCGCAGCCUAGUGGUGGAGAAGUGGGAUCUCCUGUGCCAGCUGGACAUCGUGGGCGAGGAGGGGGCGUUUGUGUUUGGUCAGUCUGGAUCGCUGACUGACGAGGAGCUCUACACCUCACUGAAGGUGCUCUGUAUGCCUGUGGAGCAGUUCAAGGAGUUUAAAGAGAACGAGGGCUGGGAGGAAGCAGAGGAGGAUGAUGAGGAUGAGAUGGCAGUGGCACUGUCCAACGAGGGGAUUCCCAAACUGAGCUUGCCAUGGAGACGGCUGCUUGGGGACAGUGUCGCCCUCACACUCCAGGACUAUGCAGACGAGCUGCAGUCAGACAAGGAGCUGCUGGGAGAUCAGCAGGCGUACGGCCGUCUCAGCAGCCGGGAACGCCUAGCACUGCAGCUCCGCUAUGGGCAGAAAGUAACUUUACACCAGCUUCUGGAGCUGACACGGUGCCACUCUGUGUGAGAAUUGACUGAUGGGAGUUAAAACACAAAAAUGUGGAAAAUAUUUUCACAUUUUUAGCCUUUUAAAAUUUGUCUUUUUCAAAUCCUUUAGACCAUGCACUAUUCAAAUAUAAACUAUAAAAAUAUAUUCACACACGUCCCAAACAUUUUACAGUAGCUCAUUAAGCUGACCUUUCAUUAGGGUUAAUUUAAUCGAGCACACAUGCCAUAUAUAUAUAUUGUUCUGCAAGAUGUCAAUUAAGAGUUUCAUUACAAUUGAAUGACGGUGUUUUAAGACUAACAGUUCAGCUAUAUUGAUGUAGUUCCUCAGUAAAUUAAAACCAGUAACUUAUGGUUAAUGUGGGUCACACCCUUACAUUUUAAACCAGUAAAGUAAGUUCUACAGACACAAUAGACAUUUUAAGCUUUGAGAAUAAAGAAACACGGUAGGAUCUAUUGAAGCAGCAUAUUUUUUUUUUUUAACCACUGAAUUAAAAACAAUUCAAUUUGAAAUGUCCCUAUGUUUCUUUUUUUAUUAUUAUUUCUGAUGCACUUUAUUUUUUGUAAAUCUAGACAAAUGCCCUAUUUUUCUAUCACAAUGAGCAUUCCAUUUGCCUACUGGUAGCUUUGAGGUUGGUUGGGUUUUCCCUUUAAAAACAUCAGUACGACAACCAAUUUUCAUGGUUUACCAGUAAAUAAGGAGAUAGGCUUGAAAGAGAAAACUUAAGGCCAUCCUGUGACCUUCAGUCCUCCUGAGCAAUGUGGGUUGCAGCAGUGGAGACAUUCAAAUUAGGCAUUACAGAUUGUAUACUGUCUAAAACUAGUGUACAUUUUUUUCCCCCUCAGAUUUGCAUGACAUCCAAUUGCACCCAUGUUAAAAAAAAAAACAGACAGGAUACAUCACUGCACACAUACCAAAAAGACCAAGGGUGUGUCUACAGCACUGAGCUUUUCAAGUGAUUAAGCACUUAUGAACAAGUUUGCAUUAGACUGGCUGGGAACCAUUAUUUUGGUAAAGUGCUCCCUCGCUGUAACGCUCUCGAUUAUAACGCUUCUAUGCAUGUCCCCCAAUUCCCUUUACUAGUGAUUCAUGCAAUAUUUCUACAGUAUAUACAGUACAGGUGUUGUUCAGACUGUUAACAACUUCUCAGUUUAACUUCCAUUUGUCUCUCCCGGUUGAUACAGUAUUUGAACUGAAGCAAAGCUGUACUGGCACUUUAUAACACAGACAUCUUAUUCCAGAUUCAUGUUAUAACUAAAUAAAUACUAGGCCUACUAUGU